AUGAUUAAUACGGGCACGAUUCGUACAGAGUUGGACAGCGAAUCGCAAGCGUGCUAUGCAUUAGCAUUAUCACAAGAUCAUAAACUGUUAUUUGCGUGCUGUGCUGACGGAAAUAUUGUGGUAUGGGAUAUCGAAUCCAAAACCAAGGUCACCUCGCUUCCUGGACACCAAGAGGGAGCGUCAUGCAUUGAUCUCUCAUCAGAUGGCUCCAAAUUAUGGACCGGGGGUCUUGAUAAUACCGUACGCACAUGGGAUCUUCGGGAACGACGGCAACUGAGUCAAUUCGAUUUCCCGAGUCAGAUCUUCAGCUUGGGAUGUUGUCCCACAGAGGAGUGGGUUGCAGUAGGCAUGGAGAACAACAAUGUGGAGGUCUUGAAUACAACUCGUACGGAAAAGUAUCAGUUGCAUCAACACGAAUCAUGUGUCCUGUCGCUAAAGUUUGCUCACUCUGGACGAUGGUUCGUUUCGACGGGGAAGGUAUGUUCUUAG